UCGACAUCGCAUUCACCUCCGACCAGCAGCAUCAUGUUGAAGACAGUAAAACCCAAGAAUGCUCGCGCCAAGCGCGCAAUGGAGAAGCGCGAGCCGCAGCAGACUGAGAACCCAAAGACGACCCUCUUCGUCACCGGCCAGAGGACGUCGCAGAUUCUCAAACUCGCCAUCGCGGACCUGAGCACCCUCAAGCGACCCUUUGUCGAGAAGUUCACAAAGAAGAACGACAUCCAUCCCUUCGACGAUGCCUCUUCCUUCGAGUUCUUCUCUCUGAAGAACGAUACCUCGCUCAUCGCCUUCUCCCUGCACUCGAAAAAGCGCCCGCAUUGCCUGACCCUCGCGCGUACCUUCUCCCACAAGAUGCUCGACAUGCUCGAACUCUACAUCAACCCCGACACCUUCCGUAACCUGCAACAGUUCAAGAACAAGAAGCCCUCGAUCGGUUUGAAGCCUCUUGUCGCUUUCCACGGCACUGUCUUCGAGGACCCAAAUCAGACCAAGUACACGCUGGCCAAGAGUCUGCUUCUGGAUAUGCUCCGUGGCCAGGACACCGAUGAAGUCGACGUCGAAGGUCUCCAAUAUCUCAUCAGUAUCAGCGCCCAAGAACCGACCGACGCUAUUCCAACUCCAGAGAUCAAACUCCGCUGCUAUCUCCUCCGCACAAAACGCUCAGGACAAAAGCUCCCACGCAUCGAAGUCGAAGAGAUGGGCCCCAGGAUCGAUUUCAGGCUCGGCCGCGAGCAGUUCCCCGAUCCCGAUGUCUUGAAGGAAGCCCUCAAGAAGCCCAGAGGCAUGGAGACUAGGACGAAGAAGAACAUCGAUACAGACAACAUGGGUGAUAAGACGGGCAGGAUCCACGUCGGUAAGCAGGAUCUCGGCAACAUGCAGACGAGGAAGAUGAAGGGUCUCAAGAGGGCACGGGGUGAGAGGGAUGAUGAGGAGGUUGGUGUAGAGGAUGUCGAGGGGGAUAACGAGGCAACGCUGAAGAAGAUCAAGGUUUAGCGCAAAGCCGGGAGGUUGAGAUGAGACUGAGCGAGACGAAAACUUGCAUGGGCGGCGUUAAGGCAUCUUGGGAGUUAGUUGGGUCUAUACCACUUCGCAGGCAAAAGGGCGUCUGAAAAGCGCUUGACAAUAACGAUGUUUGUUGUAUCUACACCCUACAUGCGAUCUCGUGAUUUCCAAGACAUGC